UGCAAAGAAAAGAUUUGAAAUUGUUAUUGAAAUGCGUGCGUGUGUGUAAGGCAGUCUUCCCUUGACUCUUUGUCUAGGAAACACCACACCACAACUCAAUUUUUCUUUCCAUUUUCAUUCAACUUAUGUUUUUUCUAAUUCACUUAUCUCCAUAUUAUAUUCUCUACUCUAGGGUUUUCCCAUCCCAAACCCACUCAAUUUUUCUCGACCAAGUCAGUGAUCACUGAUGCUUCAGUAAUGGAAAUAGCGAAUUCACGUGAGGAUGGGUUAAUGCCACACUGUUCCAAUGGAGCUUCGCUUUCUGAUGAAGGUGAACAACCUCACCCCAUUGUUACACGUGCCAGUGAACUCACCAUUUCCUUUGAAGGCGAGGUCUAUGUUUUCCCUUCCGUUACGCCACAAAAGGUGCAGGCUGUAUUGUUACUCUUAGGAGGGCAGGAGACACCCAAUAGCAUCCCCACCGCUGACUUUUUGGUGCAGCAAAACUAUCACGACAUUUGGGGAAUAAAUGAUCCUUCGCGUAAUUCAAAGCUUUCGCGGAGAUUUGAGUCACUUGUUAGGUUCCGUGAAAAACGAAAAGACAGAUGUUUUGAGAAGAAAAUUCGGUACACUUGCCGUAAAGAGGUUGCUCAGAGAAUGCAACGGAAGAAUGGACAGUUUUCAUCAUUGAAGGAAGAGUACAGUUCUCCGGCUGAAAACCAGGAUUCUAACAAUGGUACACCUUGCCCAAAAUCUACUGAGCGUAGAUGUCAGCAUUGUGGAAUUGGUGAGAAGUCUACUCCAGUAAUGCGCCGAGGACCGGCUGGUCCAAGAUCUCUAUGCAAUGCCUGUGGGCUGACGUGGGCAAAUAAGGGAACGCUGAGAGAUCUCAACAGAGCAGGAAGGAUUGCUUUUGAACAGAAUGAAUUGGAUACUUCAACUGACCUAAAGCCUUCAACAACAGAGCCAGAAAAUUCAUGUGCAGCGCAGGACAAGGAGGAAAUAAAGGAAAGCCUCCGGGAAACAAAAACUCCUGAGAUGAUAGAUGAGCAGUAUAUGCUCGAAUCUGCUGAAGCAGUUAUUGACAACUUGUCCAUCCAAGUGGAGAACAAUGCUCUUGAUCUGCAUGAGCAGGAUAAGACAAUGGAGGAUCUUGCUGAUGCUUCUGGGAUCGAAUUUGAGAUUCCUGCCGGUUUUGAUGAUCAGGUUGAUAUUGAUGAUCCCAACCUGAGGACUUUCUGGCUGUGAUCUGAAGACAUUGCUGUGCGCCGAGGCAUUGUUAGUUUGUGAUGGAAAGAAUAUUGCGGCACUGGUUCAACUAACUCUAGACUUUUGGAGAUGGUUUAUUUUGUAUAGACAAACUAUUUCUGGAAGCACUGUGAAAUAUAUGACCGUAGAGACUUAAUAAUCUUCAUACAUGAUAGUUCUUGUACAUCCCAUGCGAUCCUAUUUAAUUUAUAUAUAAUGUGAAUAGUUCAGUUUUCUUA